GUUCAGUCUGCACUCAACAGCAAACACUCUGUCUCUGCGUCUCAACACGUCUCUGUCUCUCAGUCUGUCUCACCACGUCUCUGUCUCUCAGUCUGUCUCUCUGUCUGCCUCUCUAUGUCUGUCUCUUUGUGUCCCUCUGUCUCAGGAUGGACCAGUUUCAUUGUGGAUUAUUGAUUUUUGUGUUUCUGCAGCAGAUCGACUGUCUGCACUCAGUUUACAUUACUGACAGCUCAGAUUCCCUCCGUCAGGACCUCUCAGAGUUCAGCCUCGUUCGUCCAAUCAGGACCAGCGCAGAGGGCCGUUUCCUGUCCGCCUCAGUCUCCGCCCACCACCUGCGCCGCAGUAAGAGACACGCCCACUCCACCGAGGCCCCGCCCACCGACGGGCCAGCAUCCAACCAGAAGCCCGGCUGGAGAGGGCGGGGCUACGGGGCAGAGGAGGCGGAGCUUUUCUACAACGUGACGCUGUUUGGUCAAGAGCUCCACCUGCGGCUGCGUCCCAACAGCCGCCUCCUCGCCCCCGCCGCCACCAUGGAGUGGUGGGAGGAGUCAGGAAGCAAACACUCGCAGCCACUCAGGGACGCCGGCUGUUUCUACACAGGACAGGUGUCCAACAUGAAGGACACGUCUGUCGCCAUCAGCAACUGUGACGGGCUGGUACGAGUCACCUCCCGAGAUCCUCAUUCACGCGUUUACCGAGUCACUCCUUCACUCGUUCUCUGUUUCAGGUUUUCACUCUUUCUGUGUCUCUGUUUCACUCAACUCUUUCACUCUUUCAUUCUUUCACUUUUUAACUCUUUCACUCCUUCACCGAGUCGUUAUUUCACUUUUCCACUCUCUCACUUGUGGUCUUUCACUCUUUCACUGUCUUUGUCUUCACUGAUAAUCAAUCCUGAAUAUAACAUGUUGUUUUAA